AUGGUUGAUGAAGGGAAGAACAAGUAUGGCGAGACGUCUAACUCCUUGGCUACAUUGAUGGCAUUGAUGCCGAAUGGAUCGAGGAUGAAAGAAACCAACCAGGUAGUGGUGGAUAAGAAAGCUAAAGUGUGUGUGGGUGGUGGUGCAUCUGGUGAGUGCUUUAAAUGCAAUCAACCAGGGCAUUGGGCUAGAGAUUGUCCUGGUUUGAGCAAUGUACCUGCUGGGGCAGGUGUGGGUGGUGGUGCAUCUGGUGAGUGCUUUAAAUGCAAUCAACCAGGGCAUUGGGCUAGAGAUUGUCCUGGUUUGAGCAAUGUACCUGCUGGGGCAGGUGUGGGUGGUGGUGCAUCUGGUGAGUGCUUUAAAUGCAAUCAACCAGGGCAUUGGGCUAGAGAUUGUCCUGGUUUGAGCAAUGUACCUGCUGGGGCAGGUGUGGGUGGUGGUGCAUCUGGUGAGUGCUUUAAAUGCAAUCAACCAGGGCAUUGGGCUAGAGAUUGUCCUGGUUUGAGCAAUGUACCUGCUGGGGCAGGUGUGGGUGGUGGUGCAUCUGGUGAGUGCUUUAAAUGCAAUCAACCAGGGCAUUGGGCUAGAGAUUGUCCUGGUUUGAGCAAUGUACCUGCUGGGGCAGGUGUGGGUGGUGGUGCAUCUGGUGAGUGCUUUAAAUGCAAUCAACCAGGGCAUUGGGCUAGAGAUUGUCCUGGUUUGAGCAAUGUACCUCCAGCCUAUGGAAGUGGCAGUGUCACACCCGGAAGAUAUGGGGGUGUUCCAAAGCAAAGGGUUGGCGGCUUUUGA